UGAAUGGGGGGAGUAUUUUGGGUGUACAGUCAUAAGUCGGACUCCGAGAGCCAGGAAGUAACUCAGAAUCAUGCAGCGCGACCGAUAAAGUCGAGAGAGCGGGCGUUUGUUGUCAGUGGACGGGGAUCAUACGUUUCAUGGUGAGAGGGAAUUAUAGCCAAUUGCGAAAUUGAGCCUAAUCCAUUGCAGUGGCAGAGUCUGACCGUUCAGUAGUUUCGACUUGAGAGCAGGGAGAGAUCACCACCCUGCUUACAAUAAGGUAAAUAUCACAUUAGCACAUUGCUACACACUCCAUCAAAAAAGACGGAAGAGAAUAAAAGCGGGAUUGCAAAGGUUUUCUUUCUCACAAACAAUUAAAAUCAAGGAAAGUUUAUCAGCAAAGCUUCAAGAUGCCUCGGGUGGUCCCGGAUCAAAGGAGCAAGUUUGAAAACGAAGAGUUCUUCAGGAAACUCAGUCGGGAGUGCGAGAUAAAAUACACAGGGUUCCGAGACAGACCGCACGAGGAGAGGCAAGCCAGGUUUCACACCGCUUGUAGGGACGGUCGUUCAGAAAUAGCUUUUGUGGCGACGGGCACCAACCUCUCACUGCAGUUCUUCCCAGCCAACUUGCACGGGGAGCAGAGGCAGGCGCCCACACGAGAGUAUGUGGACUUUGAUCGGGAGACGGGAAAGGUGUACCUGAAGGCCCCUAUGAUCCUGAAUGGAGUGUGUGUGAUCUGGAAGGGCUGGAUAGACAUGCAGCGCCUGGAUGGGAUGGGAUGUCUGGAGUUCGAUGAGGAGAGAGCACAGCAUGAGGAUGCCCUAGCGCAGGCAGCCUUUGAGGAGGCACGUAGGAGGACCCGGGACUUUGAGGACAGGGACCGCUCGCACAGAGAGGACCUGGAGCCCAGGCGACAGCAGGACCCCAGCCCUGGCACCAACAUGGGUAACAACGCUGAUGAUCACAAGAUGCGCUAGAGGCCAGCAAGACGCAUGGGGUGGGUCAGGGUGAUCUGUCCAUCGUACUAUGCCAGUCUCACACCCUGACACCAAGCUGUUAACUGGAGAGACCAAAGUCCACAUUGCUGGGGAUUUGGGGGUGGGGUGGGGUGGGGUUCCUUUUAGUUUUAAGAAGGGGUGAGGUGGGUGUUCGUUUUAAAGUGUGGGGUAAGGGGAUCGACCCAAACCUCCUUGUCUUCUGGGGGGUUUUGCACUAUGUGAUACAUUCAGUUUAGUCCCCACAUCGCCUUCUGUAUGCAUGGAGCACCUACCUAUGUUUUCUUUUGUCCCCCUAUGCAAACUAUUUCGGAGGCACUUUCUUUACAAUGGUUUAUAAAUAAGAAAUGACUGGGUGAUUAUUUAACACAUUUGUUCAUAAUAACUUAUUUUCUAAAUUGAUAUACUGUAUUUCUAAUAAUUCCAAAUGUCUGUUUCCAUCUCCCUUAUUAUUUCCCAGAAGGUAUGUAUUCAAGGAGCACCUGAGGAGCACUGAGCAUAAAUUAAUUUCACUCUAAAUUCUAAGUGUAUAUUAAUAUUUAUUGUGUCACCUUCCACCAGGUAGUUUGGAAGUAGGCCUACCAUCAAGGACAAAUAGUUGCCAAUCAAUCACCUAUUUAUUUUGUAUUUAUAAAGGACUGUAAAAGAUUGCCUAAAAGCUAUUUCUUAUCCUAUUAUAGCACUAUUUUAAUGAAAUUGUAUUUUUUAUUAUUUUAUUCAUGUUUUGUCUGAAAGUCAGGAUGUUUACUUUUUGUAUUUCUUUUCUCUAUAUAUACAUACUGUAUUUGUCAGUCUUUAUGCUUUCGUAUGGGAUAUAAGUAGAAUAUAUAAAGUUGUGUUCUAGAAAAGUUAAUUUUACAAAGAGGCGCUUUCUGUCUUCCUGUCUCCUCUUUAAUGUUAUUGUAACAGUCUUUGAACAUGAGACUAGCAGCACAGACCACACAAUGAGGUCAGUGCUGAGCUCGCUCUCUGUAAAUUGAGGCAAAUAGGCUUUCUCCUCUGCAUUGUUUUUUUAUUGUUUCUUUAUUUCACGUUUCAUCCAGAUCAGGGUUUAUAACGUCUAAGCAGUAACUUUCUCCCUGAAAAUGAUGCAAAGGCACAGCAACAUUGUCUCACUAACAUACCCAGCAGUUUUGUUUGGUAUGUUUCAGGUUAUCUGUAUAUCCUUGAGUUUGAUCAAUUAUUUAGCUGUUUUCAGUGUUUCUUUCUCUUCCCCUACAGGAAUAGUUGUAACGGUUUAUUCAUAUAAAGUUGUCGGUCACACUUUAUUUGGAUAGUCCCAUAUAGAUGAUAUACAGAUGGUCAUACGUUCAACAAACUAUCUGAUGAUAAGCAAUUGCUUGCUAAAGUUAUGGUUAAGGUUAGGGUUAGGUUUAGAAUUUAAAAUAAGGGUAAGGGUUAGGGCUAGGGUUAGGGUUAGUGGAUAGUUAGUUGAAAUGUUGUUGACAGUUAUUGAACAUCUACGGAACAUCUACAAACCAACUACUUGGGACUACCCAAAUAAAGUGUUACCAAGUUGUUUGUACUGGAGAUUAGCGAGAGCAACAUCUUUAAAAGAGAUAGAAGGCUUGCAAUCCAACGCUGUUUCAACCAGUCAUGAAAUAUUGGGAGGAAAUAGGUCAAGAGUCAGUGAGGAGAUAAAAUAAGUAUGAUAAAUCACAGAAAUACAUGCAUGUAUGUUAUUCAGUUUGAACAGUGAUGGGAUUGUACAGUCUGGGGCUCAAUAUAUGAAAUUAAAGGAGAACGCUAAGGUCAAGUCUAGCAGCAGUAAUGCACCAGUGGUUUUCUUCCAGUCAGUUCUAAUGCAUCAGCUCAGUAUUUUAUUCAAAGUUAAUUUGCUUUAAUUUGAAUAAAGAGGAAAGGUGGAGGAAGUUGCCUACGUUUUGUAAAGGGAUGAAUGGUAGACAGCAAGUUGUAAGAUGUGGAUGUGCAGGUCAGAAAUAAUGGGGUUUAGUGGACAGUGGGAGAGGCAGGAGUUUGUCACACUUUGCUAGGGAAUCAAGUUCUAAUUUCAUACUGCAUGUGAUUGUAUUUCCUUGGAUUAGGUCCUUAGGUUUUUAUCCUAAAUACUAUGAUAUCACAUACUUGCAUAAUGUUUUACAUCCCACUAAUGAUGCAGUUAUUUUGCAUUUCUAUCUCAUUAAAACAUUGUGUAUGGUCUUAGUCUGUUGCUUUAGUGUAUCAAAGAUUUGCUCAGCGUGUAAUUUGUCAAGUUAGCAUACCAAUGUAGCUAGCAGGAACUAACAGGUUUACGCUUCCUCCACAGUGAUGUUUAUGCAAUGUGUACAGUAUUUCACAAUUUUCUGGGAGCUCUAUUUCAAAUGGUUUGUUUGAUAUCUACUCCAGUGUAUAGAUUACCUGAUAAAAAUGUCAGUGCUCUUGAAUAUAAUUACAAAAUGUAUUGGACACUCAGAAACUAACUGGCCUACCUCCAGCUACAACCAAAAACAAAUAGAAAUAUUGGGUAUUUAUUACUUAUUAUUUUGUGAACCUUUAUUUCAUUGAAAUGUUGGUUAGAUAGUACGAUCUGUUUGCAUGAGGUCAGGAAUGUCCGAAAAACACUGCAGUUAUGACAAAUCCCAGCCUGGAUUUCCAACAUAAUUGAUGACAAUACCUGGAGAAUAGGCCCUCCUCUCGUCUUUCCCUUCAUGUGUAGGCCUACUCCCCAGAGUCCCGGCUAGCUGGUACCCCUGUCUGAGCUUCACCCUUCACUUAAUGCUGGCAUUAAGGCAAGUUAUACACCAGAGACUGUGUCCUAGUUUGCUCAAUUUUUUUUUUAAAUACAUUGUUUAUUUUCUUAUUUGUUUUAAAUUAUUGAUACAGGUUUACCUUUGUUGUGUUCAGGUUACGCUACGAAGAACUGUGUAUUUCUGUGUUUAAUGGCCUACCUUUUAAGAUUUUACUGAAGAAUUUAGGUUUCUUUCUUUCUGUUUUAUGGUUUAGCUUGUUUAGCUUGUUUUGUUAAGGGGAAACUUAAAUCUGAAGUGUUGAAUUUGACGUGUUUCAUAAUAAACUUGUAACAAGCCUUG